CCAGCGCGGCGCGCGGCGAGACGCGGAAGGAACAAGCAAACAGCGCACGGCAGAGAGAGUGAGCAGUAGAGCUGUAGAGGCGCGCAGAGAGAGAGAGAGAGAGGGAGAGAGAGGGACGGGAGCAUGGAGGUGGCGGCGGCGAAGACGACGAGCGUUGUGUGCGUGACCGGCGCAGGGGGCUUCGUCGCCUCGUGGCUCGUCAAGCUCCUCCUCUCCGCCCCCAAGGCCCGCUACACCGUCCGCGGCACGGCGCGCGAUCCCGGUGAUGCUAAGAAUGCUCAUCUCAAGGGGCUAGGCGGUGCCGAGGAAAGGUUGCAGCUGGUCAAGGCCGACCUUUUGGACUACGACAGUGUAUCGGCGGCGAUUGCCGGCUGUGAGGGCGUCUUCCAUGUCGCCUGCCCUGUCCCCUCUGGCCGAUCAACCGACCCAGAGGCAGAGAUCAUAGCUCCUGCUGUAACAGGCACACUGAAUGUGCUGAAGGCCUGCCAUGAGGCGAAAGUUAAGCGAGUAGUCAUGGUGUCUUCAGGUGUUGCAGUGGUCGCUAAUCCUAACUGGCCCAAGGGCAAAGCCUUUGAUGAAGAGAGCUGGUCAGACGAGGACUACUGCAGAAAGAAUGGGGAUUGGUAUUACCUUUCCAAAACAUUGGCGGAGCGCGAGGCUUUUGCUUAUGCAGCAAAAACUGGGUUGGACAUUGUAACUAUAUGCCCAUCAUUGGUAAUUGGACCCUUGAUGCAGUCUACAAUAAAUUCAAGCAGUAAAAUUCUCCUUAACUAUUUGAAAGGAGAACAUGAUACUGUAGAAAAUAAAAGCAGGGAUAUAGCGGAUGUUCGUGAUGUUGCUGAUGCUAUUCUUCUGGCGUAUGAGAAUCCAGAGAUGUCCGGACGGUACAUAUGUAAUGCACCUGCAAUAAAAGUCUGUGAUAUGGUUAACAUACUGAAGACCUUGUAUCCAACCUACACAUAUCCCAAAAGCUUUACGGAAGUGGAAGGAAAUCUUGUUUAUAGUUCAGAGAAACUUCAGAAGCUAGGGUGGACCUUCAGGCCUGUAGAGAAGACCCUGGGGGACAGCGUCGAAUCCUACCGAGCAUCUGGACUCCUGAACUGAGCAUGCAACUGGGACAAGCUUGGUUGUUGAUCCUUGCAAAUUAUUUCUAAAUCAUGUAAACAGAGAAACAAAAUAAGUUGGUGACACAAUCAUCAAGGGAAUAAUGUUACCAUAAAAAUAAUUAAAUAAAUAAACAUUAUGCAAGCCUUUCUUUUGCGGA